GUGGGAACAGAGGACUGGACUGAAGUGGGAUUAGGAAUUACCGUUGACUUUCAUAGCUCAGACUGCUCUGAUCCAUGACAGUAGCGUCCUAAACGCUCUCCUUCACAGCAGCGUUAACUCCACCUCACAGGCUGAAGCCCCUCAGACAGCAUCAGCAAACCAUGAGUCCUUCAACACUCGAGGAAAAGACAGACAACAGCUUUCGGCUCUUCUUCUCUGCUUUUACGCGCAGCUUCAAUCCGCAGAAAGCACCAAAAGCCUCUCCUCUACUCUCACAAAAUACCUCCAAAAGCCUGUUGUGGUUUAACAGCAAAGCCAUUAUUUGAAGAAACCGUUCCUGCCAGAGGGACGGACCACUAGAGAAGACUAAAUCUUUCCCUGAGCUGCGUGGCGAAUCACCUGAAGGAAAUCAAAGGAGCGGAGAGCAAGCUGAGUAUGUGAAACUCCGAGGACGGACGGACGGGCGGCUAACGCUAACGCUGGAGGUGAAAGGAUACAGUGGGAUAUUAGCCACUUUUUUUUAAAUAUACGCCGUGUAAGUCGUCACAUUUAGGCUCUUUUUCCCCUGAUAAAUACACUUGUGGAUUUAAAUGACACAGGACGAGGUAGUCAGCAGUUUUGAGCUCUGCUAAACUCUCAGUGGCCGCUUUGGAGACGCCGAGAGGCGGACAGUGAGGUUCCACUACCAGGGCUUCUUAAAGGGUGUUGAUGGAGAGGAUUUCGAAUGACAGCCGGAACAGUGGUCAUCACAGGAGGAAUCAUAGCAGCAGUCAUCUUAUUGACUAUUGUUACGGUGCUGUGUUACUGUAGGCUGCAGUACUACUGCUGUAAGAGAGAGGGAUCAGAGGGGGAGGAGGAGGAGCCUGACUUUACCAAAUCAUCCCCCAGUCCACCACAAGAACUAAACCCAAGCCCUCCUAGUUCUCCGAGUCCUCCAAGCCCACUGAGCUUUCACCCUCCACCAGAGUACUCGUCCUCUAAUCAGCUUCUCAUGACCGCCGAGCCUUAUGAGCCCAAUGGACCGGCCAUCUGCAGCCGCUACAGCCCCACGGUCCCCCGCAGACCCAUUCGCUCCUACACCUUCUGCCCCUCCUGCUCCGGCUACCUGCCCUUCUACCUGAAUCCUCAGGAGGGGCUGCGUAACGGUGGGGGGAGGAUCAGCUACAGGACUGUACAGCAGCAAGAGUUAGACCUGCCUGUGGUGCCUGUGGACAUGCCUAACUUCAACAAGCUCAACCUCAUCCGCUCCGUCACUAUGAGGGAGGUGGUGACUCACCACAGUGUCAGCACUGAUGUGUAGCACCACUCGAUGGAGAGGGGCAACUGGACGAUACUUGAGGCACAAACCAUUCCAGGGAACCCUAUUUUAAGACUCAUAGAUGACUUAUAAUAUUCUUAAUAGAAAACUAAAAUGUAAGAUUUGUAUUAUGUGUAAGAGAUCACAGCAUUUUUAAUGUGGAAAUGCCACAUAGAUGCACAUGGUAUGGAUAUUCUGUACACAUAGGUAAAUGUGUAUAGGGUCACCAUGUAGAAGCUUAUUCAUCUGAUAAAGGACAAAACAUGGAAAACAGUAAUAUGGACAUGUUUCACGAUGUUCAAAUAAGCAAGAGGGCUCACUAAUGGCAUGCAGAACUAAGAUCUGAAUAGGUUAAUAGUUGUGUCAUGUAGUCUGUAGUGUCUAUCACGUAGUGUCUAGUUUUAGAUGAUAAAAACAUUUGUGGUUUUUUGUACCUGUUUAACUGAAAUUAUAAUGUGCUGCUCUUUGAAGUCAUGAAGUUAUAUGCAUAAGAGGGUUGACUUUACACACAGGAAUAUGGGCCUGAAUGUGUGUUUUAUCUGUUGUUUAUCUA